AAUUAUCUAUAACAAAGCUACGUGCUCUGUUUGCAAUUGGCCUGCGAGUUUGACUAUCCAUUGUACGCUUAGUGUCUUCUAAAAUUUUUUAUUUAGGGUUAUCAUAGGUUGGAUAGUGAUACGGUAAACUCACUGAAUGAUCGAACAUGGAAAUGUCUUUUUUUUUCUCAACAAGUGGUACCGUUCUGUUUUCACAAUGGAAAUUUAACUCCAUUGGUGGACUGAUAGGUUCAAUGAUUGCCAUAUAUGCUUUGGCUUUCGGCUAUGAAGCUCUUAAAUUUUACAGAACACAUUUGAUCUCAACAGCCAUCAGCAUUCGACAGAAGAAUGCAGCUUCCGGAGAUGAUAGAUUUACUGAGUUGACGAUACUGAGUAAAUCUCAUCUGAUCCAGACAAUGUUCCAUGGAGUUCAAGCCACUUUCAGUUACUUUCUGAUGCUGAUUUUCAUGACCUAUAAUGCAUGGCUAUGCAUAUCUGUUGUGAUGGGAUUGGUAUGUGGCUAUUUUGUUUUUGGUUGGCGAACUCCCGUUCUAAGUAGUGUAACCGAUGACCAUUGCUCAUGAUAGUACAAAAAACCCAUAUAAAGCGAUAUUACUGGAA